AUGGACGGUUUUUCCACUCAGCUAAAGUGGACUUGUAUUUUUCUACUAUAUGGAUCCCUUGCAGGUGACUCAAAUGUUGCUGUCAAACCUUGUAAUGGUGUAUCAGGAACAUGUCAGAAUGAAAAUACUCAAUGCAAAGGAUCGUAUCUGCAGCAAUUUGACGACAAAUGUCCAGAUAAUGAACGAUUCUGUACUAACAUACAUCAAAUACAAAGCACCAAAGAAUGUGACACUAAGGGGUUGCCAAUCGUAAAACGAGAUUCUUGGGGAGCCAGAACCUCAUUGAAGACCUUAAAUGAUUUGGAUUCCGAUCUGUCCUUCUUCGUUAUCCAUCAUGCGGAUGGAUAUAGCUGCUCAGAUCAAAAGACCUGUCUGCAACGCAUGAAAGAGGUUCAGAAGGAUCAUCAGUCAAAAAGAAAAGAGAAGGGUAAGAGCUAUUUUGGUGUACCUAUAUCUUUUUCAGGUUUUGAUGACAUUGGCUACCAGUAUGUGAUAGGAGGAGAUGGGACGGUGUUUGAAGGCCGGGGUUGGAAGUACCAAGGCGCACACUCACCAGGUUACAAUACAAAAAGCAUCGGUGUCUGCCUUCUCGGUAACUUCACGGCAACUCUGCCUUCUAAUGACGCAGCUACAUCACUAAAGAAUCUCCACGUAUGUCUGCAAAGCAUUAACGUGCUUUCUCCAAAUAACAGCGUUUACGGCCAUAGAGAUAUCAGGCAAACUGAAUGUCCUGGAACCGAGUUCUACAAGACAUUAAAGACCCAGUUCGCACCGUUUUGGCACAGUAUCGAACCGGAAAUGUGGAAAGGCUAG